UGUUCAUCAGCAUCCCAUUAAAUAUGAGACUAUGCUAUGCAGAUUGUUAGGCCUGAACCUGAUACAUCUGCUAAACAAGGAGAUAUCAUUCCUGAUGGGGCAAUUAUUAGGUUGCAACACAUGAGGACUAGAAAGUGGCUGCAUAGGCAUCUGUAUGCAUCUCCGAUAUCAGGAAACCUAGAGGUUAGCUGCUAUGGAGGAGAGCCCGAAUCCGAUACUGGCGAUUACUGGAGGCUUGUUAUUGAGGGAAAUGGGAAGACAUGGAAUCAAGAUCAAAGGAUCCGGCUUCAACAUAUCGACACCAGUGGUUACCAGCGUAGUCAUGACAAGAAAUACUCCAGAAUUGCUAGUGGACUGCAAGAGGUUUGUGGUGUUCGAGAAAAGCGUGCGGGUAAUGUAUGGUUGCAUUGCUCAACUCUGGUCAACAAAUGUGACCUUGUUGAGGAGAUAUACAAUGUUCAAAAUGAGUUUGACACUGCAUCAGCAGAAGCCUCCCUCGUGACACCGAGGAGUAGCACCCAGAUUAAUCUUGAUGAUAAGUUUAGGGGGAAGCAAGAAAUUUAUUGCCAGGGUAUUACACAUGAAGAAUCUGAAGGUCAAGCUGAACAAGAAGAUUUGUCUGAGGAGAAGGAAAAGGAUGAAGGUUCAACAAGUCACCCUACUGAUGGUGGAAAAUUUAUUACCAAGGAAAAAAUUUCACCCCAACUUGCAGCAGAUGAAGUCAGGCCCCCACCACUCUUCCCUCAAUGGUUGGAGAAGCAUAAUAACGAGGUCUAG